CCUGACCAAUGAAAACAAGAAAACUGUUCUAUGGCCAUCAGUCGGUCAUAAGGCUCAUUACCCCAUCAUCCUCUCCAAGCAUUUUCUGCAAUCUUCUACAUCCCCUGUUUCAACUCUCAAUUUCACCGAAUCAACUCAGUAACCCCAUUGGUUUUUCUGCACCAAACUUGCCAGUUCUUUUUAUCAUUUAACUUCCAUUGAAUUUCCCAAAAAUUAUCUGAUUUUUCGUUUGCUUAUCCUUUUAUCAUACAUUGUUAUUACCAGUUUAACAGAAUUUACCGCUUUAUUCUGGUAGUAUAUCAGCUUCAUAAUCUCAAUUCGAAGCUUUUUUUUUUCACCAAUAUCAACAUGUGCUUAAGGAGCUCUUCGUACACAAGCCCCAAACCCUGCAAACACCUAGCAGAUUACAAGCUCAGGCAUGCUUUCAAUGGCUAUGAUUCCCUCCAAAAUUGCCUCAAAACCACCCCAAUUGGAAGAACUAGAGUUGAUAAUCACAAUACUAAAAUACCCAGAUGCAAUUUCUGUAAUGGGUAUCAAGGCAGGCUUUAUAUUUGUUUGAUGUGCUCAUCGAUAUCAUGUUCGACCCACAUUCUUUUGCAUACCCAAUCCAAGUCCGGCCAUGACGUAGCGAUCGACAUCGAAAGAUCGGAGCUUUAUUGCUGUUUGUGUUGUGAUCAGGUAUACGAUCCUGAUUUCGACAAGGUUGUCGUGUCUGAACAAAUCAAGGGCUUGUGUCCUGGGAGAUCGAACAAGAGGAGGAGAUUAGAUUCAGGGAUGGAAUUGGAUUUGAAGAAGUCGAAACGGUUGAUUGCAAUGAGAGAUGGGAGAGCUAAAUCGUGUUAUCCAUUGGGAUUAAGGGGAUUAAACAAUUUGGGUAAUACUUGUUUUAUGAACUCAGUGUUGCAGGCUUUGCUUCAUGCUCCUCCUUUGAGGAAUUAUUUCUUGAGUGAUCACCAUAACCGUGAUGAAUGCAAGAGAAGAUAUGGUGAAAAGCUGUGCUUGCUUUGUGAAAUUGGUGCUCUUGUUUCAGCUAUGUUCUCGGGUGAUCGAUCCCCUUACAGUCCAGCUCAGUUUCUUUACAGUUGGUGGCAGCAUUCAUCGAAUUUAGCUAGUUAUGAGGAGCAGGAUGCUCAUGAGUUCUUCAUUUCAGUUUUAGAUGGGAUCCAUGAGAAAGAGAGCAAAGUAAGGAACUCUAGCAAAGAUGAUGGAGAUUGCCAAUGCAUUGCUCAUAGGGCAUUCUCGGGGUCGUUGAGAUCUGAUGUCACUUGUACGAUUUGUGGAUUUACUUCCACAACUUACGAUCCUUGUGUUGAUAUUUCACUCAACUUGGACACGGUUAACUUGUCUGCAGCUGAGAAGACGGGUUUGUCUACUCUAUCAGGUUGUCUGAACUUGUUUACGAGAGCAGAGAGGUUAGGUUCUGACUCGAAACUCCAUUGUCAGAAUUGUCAAGAACUACGGGACACAUCGAAGCAACUGUCCAUUAGUAGACUCCCAUUGGUGCUUUGUUUACACAUAAAGAGAUUUGAACACUCUUUAAUCCGAAAAACAUCAAGGAAAAUCGAUCAAUAUUUGCAGUUCCCUUUCGCAUUGGACAUGACCCCAUAUUUGUCAUCCUCGAUUGUUAGAAGCAGGUUCGGGAAUAGAAUAUUUGCUUUCGAAUGUGAAAACUCCGAUAGUUCAGCUGAAUACGAGAUAUUUGCUGUGAUUGCUCAUUCGGGAAUGCUGGAAUCGGGGCAUUAUGUGACGUAUCUGCACGUAAACAACCAGUGGUAUAAAUGCGAUGAUGCUUGGAUAUGUGAGGUUGAUGAGGGGAUAGUGAGAGCUUCACAGUGUUAUAUGUUGUUCUAUGUUCAGAAACUGCUUUACUACAAAGCAAAUAAGGAUUUAAGUUGCAAUGCGAGUGUGGAGUCCAGAUGAAAGUUGGAUAAUGCUGGGUAAUUUAGAAUAUUCGGACGAAGGUGAACCGAAGAGCCAGUGAGAAUCGAGCAAACAUUAUUCUUUGUUGGGAGUAUUCCCUUAGAUUCGAGCUCGAGAAAAUUCCGAAGUUUAAGCCACUGGACUUGUCCAAGUGAAAUCAAUUCUUUUUCAUGUUGGGAUUCCCAAAAGCUCUGAAUUAUUUUGUUUAGAUUUGACUGCUGUUUAUUUCUGAAGAUGAAUAAAAAGCUGAAAAUAUUCAUCAAUAAUUCCUCAAUGUAUGUCCAUUUUGUGAA